CGUCUGCCACCACUGCACUUCUGCCUGCUGGAAGCUGCUGGGCCAUGGGGCCAUUGUAUGGGGAGGCUUAAGGGAUUUGGGAGACCCUGGGAGCAGAGAGGCCAGCGACCUGACUGGGCUCAGUCUGCACGGAGGGUCCAAGGCAGACGGAGGGUUCAGGGCAGGCUCUGCCCCUCAGAUCACCAUGUACAGCUUCAUGGGUGGUGGCCUCUUCUGCGCCUGGGUGGGGACCAUCCUCCUGGUGGUGGCCACGGCGACAGACCACUGGAUGCAGUACCGGCUGUCGGGGGCCUUCGCCCACCAGGGCCUGUGGCGAUAUUGCCUGGGCAGCAAGUGCUACCUGCAGACGGAGAGCAUCGCAUACUGGAAUGCCACCCGGGCCUUCAUGAUCCUGUCCUCCCUGUGCGCCACCUCUGGCAUCAUCAUGGGCAUCAUGGCGUUCGCUCAGCAGCCCACUUUCACCCGCUUCUCCCGGCCCUUCUCUGCGGGCAUCGUGUUUUUCGCCUCCACAUUUUUCGUCCUGCUGGCCUUGGCCAUUUACACUGGAGUCACCGUCAGCUUCCUCGGUCGCCGCUUCGGGGAUUGGCGCUUUUCCUGGUCCUACAUCCUGGGCUGGGUAGCCCUGCUCAUGACCUUCUUUGCAGGAAUUUUCUACAUGUGUGCCUACCGGAUGAAUGAAUGUCGGCGCCUGUCCACUCCCCGCUGAACCCAAAUGUGUGCCCCGACUUCAUCUGGAUGUCAAAGUCAGGUCACUGAAGAGGAGGCAGUGGGUCUAUAGGCCUGAAAUCCUGGUUCCUGGGGCCUGGUGGAGGCAGUUGAGGAGACCCAAGGCCCCAGCCACCAGGGGGGUUGUUAGAGAAAUGGAAUAUCCAUUAGAGAGACUUUUUGGAGUUUAAUAAA